AUGCCGCGUACUGCCAUCAUCAUCACCGGCGGCACCCUCAACCUCGGUUUUGAGGCCGCCCGUGCCAUUGCCACCGGCCACUACCCCGGCAGCAAGGACGACUACAACGAGUACCUGCUCGUGUUGCUUUCCCGCACCGACAAAACUAACGCUGCCGACACCAUCAACCAGCAGGCCCGUGCUGCCAAGCUGCCACACCGUGCCGUCUUCCGUCGUCUCGACCUGUCUGACCUGGCCAACGUGCGCCAGUUUGGCCGCGCCUGGGCCGACGGCACUGCGGCCGGCAACACGGCCGACUUCCCGCCCAUCCACGCCCUCCUCCUCAACGCCGGCCUGCAGUUCCCCGGCGCCCUCGAGACCAUCCCGAGCUCUGGUCUCGAGGCCACCUUUGCCAUCUGCCACGUCGGCCACGCCCUGCUGUUCCACCUGCUGGUGCCCUUUUUGGAUGCCGCGUCCAGCGACGGCGCCCGCGUCCUUGUCACCUCCAGCGGCACCCACGACCCGGCCCAGAAGAGCGGCCUGCCCGACGCCGUGUACACCUCGGCCGAAGACCUGGCGCACCCGCCGCCGGACAUGGUCCACGUCAAGGGCCGCCAGCGCUACGCGAGCAGCAAGCUGGCCAACGUGCUGUGGACGUAUGCGCUCGUCGACCACCUCGAACGCGCCAGCCGGCUGGGCGCCAAGGUCGGCGGCAUCACGGCCAAUGCCUUUGACCCUGGCCUGAUGCCGGGCACGGGGCUCACGCGCAGGGGCACCGGUGUCGAGCGCUUCCUGUGGCACAAUGUCCUGCCCCGGAUCCGGCCCGUGCUGCGCGUCCUCGUCUCGCCCAAUAUACACACGGCCGAGGCGUCGGGCCGCAACCUGGCGCGGCUGGCCGUGGGCCCUGGCGGCAGCGGCGAUCCGGACCAAGUGGACGGCACGGUCUUGGGCGUCAGCGGCAAGUACUACGAGAUCCGCCGUCCGAUUCCGUCGAGCAACGACAGCUACGACAAGGCCAAGCAGGAGGACCUCUGGGACUGGACGAUCAAGUACCUGAGCAAGGGAGACGCUGCCGAGGAGGAGCGGUUCCGGGAGUUUCGGUAA